UCACAUGCCUACAUAAGCGUUUGGCAGCUGCCAACAUGGCACGAGAGUCUCGGUUGUGGACACGGACCGUGGAGGUGGAUCAGGAGCGGAAGAUCAGCUUAUGCCUUGUUGAGGAUCCGACCAUUGAUGUUGGGGGCGAUGAUUCAUGGUGCUCCUGGUGUCUUUGGCCUGCAGCGAAGGUGUUGAUGUCGUACCUGGCAACGAUCCAAGAUGGAGACCUGAAGCACACCAGCGUUUUGGAACUGGGCUCUGGCUGCGGAGCAGUGGGCAUGUAUGCCGCAAAGCGAGGAGCCGCGCCAGUGAUCCUCUCGGAUGUGUACAAGGCGUUGCCCUUGCUCAAGCGCAACGUCCAAGCGAACAGUUUGAGCGGCGGCUGCGGAAUUUGCGCACUGCCGUGGGGCACCCCAGCCGAGCGGCUCUCCAGUGAAGUUCAAGAGAGACUUCCUUUCGACUGGGUGUUGGCCGCUGACUGCAGCUAUGACUUCGUGAAGGCGGACAUUCCAAGCCCCUCCAUCGAGGCAUUGCUGACGACGGCCAGCUCUUUUGGCAAGCGGGCUUUGAUUUGUGUGUCACGCCGGCAGGGUGAAGUUGAGGCUGGACUUUCAAAAGAUUGCAGCACCAUGGUAAGUACUCUUCAAGGCAUGUGUGUCUGAAGGCGUUUACAGCUUCCUUGGCCCGCAUGGGACUGGCCGACGCCGCCACGGUUGUCUUCACAGCAAAGCUUGAUGAAGUGAAGGAGGGCGUAGCCGAAUGCUUAGUGUACGCCUUUGACUUCAGCAACGGUCAGCGGCUUGGAACAAAAAGAAGACAUUGAAUUUGCACAAAACUGGGUGAAACUGAGUUCGCA